UAAGUAUCUGGACAAUUUAUUUUAUGAGCAGUUAUCUUAAUUCAUUAAACUAAGGGAGGGCUAGGGCCUGAUUCGUGAAUUUGCAACAAACACACCAACAAAAUGAGGGAAAUUGUGCAUAUGCAAGCUGGCCAGUGCGGAAACCAGAUUGGUGCUAAAUUCUGGGAAGUGAUAUCUGAUGAACACGGCAUUGACCCAACAGGAACCUAUCAUGGAGACUCAGACUUGCAGUUAGAAAGAAUUAAUGUCUACUACAAUGAAGCAACAGGUGGAAAAUAUGUACCUCGUAGCAUUCUUAUCGAUCUUGAGCCAGGAACCAUGGACUCAGUCCGAUCAGGCCCAUUCGGACAAAUUUUCAGACCAGACAACUUCGUGUUCGGACAAAGCGGAGCAGGAAACAACUGGGCCAAGGGCCACUACACAGAGGGAGCCGAAUUGAUCGACUCAGCUUUGGAUGUUGUCAGAAAGGAGGCGGAAAGCUGUGACUGUAUUCAGGGAUUUCAACUUACACACUCAUUGGGCGGGGGCACUGGUGCUGGUAUGGGAACACUACUCAUCAGCAAAAUCCGCGAGGAAUACCCCGACAGAAUCAUGAACACUUUUUCCGUUGUCCCAUCUCCAAAAGUAUCCGACACCGUGGUGGAACCCUACAACGCUACCCUCUCUGUUCACCAACUUGUCGAGAACACCGACGAAACAUACUGCAUUGAUAACGAGGCUCUAUAUGACAUCUGCUUCCGUACACUCAAACUUACCACCCCAACAUACGGCGACCUCAACCAUCUCAUCUCAGCUACCAUGUCCGGAGUCACAACAUGUCUGAGAUUCCCUGGUCAAUUGAACGCUGACUUAAGAAAGAUCGCUGUCAACAUGGUCCCCUUCCCUCGUCUCCACUUCUUCAUGCCUGGAUUUGCUCCAUUGACAUCACGUGGUAGCCAGCAGUACAGGGCUCUGACCGUCCCAGAACUGACCCAGCAGAUCUUCGAUGCCAAGAACAUGAUGGCUGCCUGCGAUCCACGUCACGGAAGAUACUUAACUGUCAGCGCCCUCUUCCGUGGACGCAUGUCAAUGAAAGAGGUUGACGAACAGAUGUUGAACGUCCAGAACAAGAACAGCAGCUACUUCGUGGAAUGGAUCCCCAACAACGUCAAGACCGCCGUCUGUGACAUCCCACCACGUGGUCUGAAAAUGUCCGCCACCUUCGUCGGAAACACAACUGCCAUCCAGGAACUCUUCAAACGCGUGUCUGAACAAUUCACUGCCAUGUUCCGUCGUAAGGCGUUCUUGCAUUGGUACACUGGUGAGGGUAUGGACGAGAUGGAGUUUACUGAGGCCGAGUCCAACAUGAACGAUUUGGUGUCUGAGUACCAACAGUACCAGGACGCCACCGCCGAGGAGGAGGGCGAGUUUGAGGAGGAAGAGGGAGAAGAGGAGGCGCAAUAAACAUUAAAUUAACGCAGCAAUUUUAGGUCAUCCGUCCAUUUAUAUUUAUACUAGUUACACUGAAAAUUAUAGACGAUAUUAGGACAAUCUAAUUAACAAUUGUAAUACGCAAUGAGCUGUUGACAUGUCAUCUACAGUACACAUAUUAUCUUGUACGAAAGCUCUAAACAUAAAAUAAACAGGAUAUCAAAAUAUC